UGUUUAUGAUAGUUUAAAGAUCAUAUUUACUUUAAAUUAAUGAAACAUAGAUUACAAAAUGUCAAAGAGGAAAGUUCCUUAUACUCAAAAAUAUCGCAAAGAAUGGGAAUCAGAUCCAUUACUUAAGGAUUGGAUUCAAGAAACUCCAACAGACAAAAGUACAGUGUCUUGUAAAUAUUGUGGCUGCAUUUUAAAAGCACAUCAUGCUCUUCUUGUAGAACAUACCAAGACUUCAAAGCAUAUCAAAGCUGCUGAGCCAUUUUCGAGUCACAGACAAUCAAAAUUGAAAUUUGAUCAAGCUUCUACCUAUUCUCUUGAAACAGCUACAUUUGAGUUAAAAAUGGUACUUUUUGUUACAUGUCAUUGUGCAAUAAGAUGCAUUGAUCAUUUAAGUGCACUUACUAAACCUAUUUCUAAAACUAUAAAUAACGAAAUUAAACUGCAUAGAUCAAAAGCUACUGGAGUGUUGAAAAAUAUUAUUGCACUUCAUUUUAAAUCUGACUUGAGAUUAGACAUAGGAGAUAGCUUUUAUAGUCUUCUAAUUGACGAGUCAACAGAUAUUGCAGUAUUAAAACAAUUAGGAAUUUGUAUAAUUUAUUUUUCUGUAAAAAGGAAAAAUGUUAUUUCUACUUUUCUAAAGCUUGAAUCAUUAGAAGGAGGUGAUGCGCGAUCUAUUGUAAAAGCAAUCAAAGUUGCUCUUACAGAAUAUGGUCUUUCUGUACAAAAAAUGCGAGGUCUUGGAACGGAUAAUGCCUCUGUUAUGAUAGGCGUUAACAAUGGUGUUUUUCGUCAACUGAAAGAAGAAAUACCUCAUUUGUUAUUGAUUCGAUGUGUGUGUCAUUCUAUUCAGCUAGCUAUUUCAAAUGCAGUGGCAGAUACUCUUCCUCGGAAUUUAGAAUUUCUAAUCAGUGAAACAUAUAAUUGGUUUUCAAGAUCUACAGAACGGCGAGAACAAUACAAAAUUCUUUUCAAAGCUUUAAAUGAUGGUUUAGAACCUUUAAAAAUUUUACAAGUAGCAGCUACUCGUUGGCUGUCGAUUACAAAUGCAGUACGUAGAGUUUUGCAACAAUGGUUAGAGCUUAAAACUCAUUUUUAUUUGAGACGAACUGCUGACAAAUGUUAUGCUGCAGAGCUCCUAUAUAAUAUGUACACGGAUAUUCGUAAUAAGUUAUAUUUUAUAUUCUUGGAACCAAUAUUAAAUGAAACCGAGUCUGUUAACAAGGCAUUUCAAACCAAUAAUGGGGAUCCUGUAAAACUUUUAAAUGAUUUAACUGUUCUUAUUAAAGGACUUGCCCAACGAAUCGUUAUAACUGGGUGUAAAGAAGAUCUUUUAAAAAUUAAUGUAAAAGAUUAUCUUCAUCCGCAUCCAUAUCUUGGUUAUAAAUUUGAAGAAAAAAUGAAGGAAGCCAGAACAAAUAAUUUAUUAACAAUUGACGAUGAAAUACUAAUUAGAACUAGAUGCAUAGAUUUUGUGGUUGCAUUAGUUAGUCAACUUCAACAACGUCUUCCAGAUAACAUAGACAUUCUUCUCAAUAUUUCUCUUCUCUCUCCUGAAAACUCUCUACGCGCUAUAAAACCAUCUGUGAUUCCUCUCGCAAAGUUAAUGAACGAAACAAAAGAUGAUAUAACAAAAAUUGAUUAUCAAUGAUCAAAGCUCUCUUUUGUUUAAUGGCAAAAUACAACAACUAUAAUUUCUUUUUGGACUGAAGUGCAAGAAUAUCGAGAUGCAUCUGGCGAAAAUCCUUUUAAGGAACUUGUGGAUUUAGCAUUAAAAUGCCUCGUAUUACCAUAGUCUAAUGGAGAGGUAGAAAGAGCAUUUAAUCAAAUGAAAAUAAUUAAAACUCCUUUGCGGAAUCGUCUCCAUCAAGAUACAGUUAACAAUAUUCUGAUCACACGAGCAGGACUUCGAAGAAUAAAUAAGUGUUGUUUUGAAUAUCAAUUUCCGUCUUCAGUUCUUCAUCAAGUAGGAACUAUGGCAACAUACACGAAACAAAAUAAAUUUUUUGAUGAUGUUCCACAAACUUCCAGCACUUUAAAUAAAGAUUACCAACAGAAAUUAUUAAAUAAUGAUCUUUUGCAAUCUCCGUUUAAAGAAAAUUUGGAUCCAUAUGAUUCAGAUUAUGGUUUAGAUUAUGUGCAAUUCUUGUAAUGCGCAAUAAAAAAAUUUUAUAUUUUCUAAAAUUUUAAUAAAUAAUAUAUUAAAUAUAAAAAA